UGGGUGCAUAGAUGUCGGCAGCCGCGGUAGCUCUCACGAAUCGCCCUCGGUAUCUGUGGAAGCCCGUGCCGUCGCUUCGACGCGAUAAUGCCGCGCGUUUCGUAGCGAUAUGUAGUGCCGAGUGUGUGCGGUAGCAGCAGUGGCGUCGACCGACUCGUCGCACCGCACGUGUUUUCGUUUGUGCAUGGAAAAUCACCGAAAUCAGUUCGCGCAUGCCCGACCGCCGAUGACGUCACGAAAAUUGUGCUUUUGAUCAAACGAGCGGCUCUCGUGGUGUGUCUUUUUCUAUACAUCUCUCUCUCUCUCUCUCUUUCUUUCUCUCUCUGCUCUCUUCUCACUCUCUUCCGUCUCACUCGCUCCAUCUCUCUCUCUCUCUCUCUCUCCGUCUCUAUCUGCGUAUCUUAUUUUUCCCUCCCGUUUUCCCUUCGCCCGUCGCGCGAUCUUUCUCCCUCUUUUCUCUUUCUCUGUGUCACACUCCCUCUCCCUUUCUCUCCUUCGGUCCUUCUCUCUUUUUUUUUUUUUUUUUCAUUGGACUGUACAAUAAUGUUGCUGUGCAAAAUCAAAUAACUGCCGUGGCACGCGAGGCACGACGGGGGAAAUUCGUGUGUGGGAGCAGCUGGACCGUCGUCGGCGAAAACCUUGCUCUUAAUAUUCCAUCCAAAGAUUGAUUUUCAAGACUUGUCUCUUAUUCAAGACGUGGUGCAACAAUGGGUCGUAAGAAGAUUCAGAUUUCACGUAUCACAGACGAACGGAAUCGUCAGGUGACUUUUAACAAGAGAAAAUUCGGCGUGAUGAAGAAGGCGUAUGAAUUGUCGGUGCUGUGUGACUGCGAGAUUGCGCUGAUUAUCUUCAGUUCGAGCAACAAGCUGUACCAGUAUGCGAGCACCGACAUGGACAAGGUUCUCCUCAAGUACACCGAGUACAACGAACCCCACGAGUCUCUCACCAACAAGAAUAUCAUCGAGGCGCUCAACAAGAAGGAGCAUAAGGGUGCCAUGUCGCCAGAAAGUCCGGAACCCGAAGCAAUCGAAUAUAAUCUUACCCCGCGUACCGAGGCCAAAUACACGAAGAUCGACGAGGAAUUUCAGAUGAUGAUGCAGAGGCACCAGCACAACGGCAGCAGGUCAAUGGGCCAGUCAAAUUAUAGCCUACCAGUAUCUGUACCAGUGAACAAUUACGGCGAAUCUCUUCUUGGAACUAGUCCGCAGAUGGCGCAUACCAGCAUUUCUCCACGUCCAUCCUCAUCUGAGACGGAUUCAGUGUAUCCCCCGGGAGGAAUGUUGGAGAUGAGCAACGGCUAUCCUCCGUCAGCGUCGCCAUUGGGUGGCUCGCCUAGUCCAGGACCUUCGCCCGCGCUCGUCGGUGGGGGUGCAAAUAAAGGCAGCAAUCCGUCUAGACAUUCGCCGCAACCUCCACCACCACCGCCACCGCCUCAUCCACAUAGAGCUAACCUUCGGGUGGUUAUACCGACUCCGCUCACGCAAUCUCUCUCCGAAGACACUAAUUAUGAUAAUGCCCAUACACAGUCCGCAUUGAAUACACCAGUAGUAGCGUUACAAACACCGUCAGUACCAGCCGGAUAUUCUAGCUUCGGACCAACAGAUUACUCCUCGGAUCUCGGGAGCCUUGCAUGGUCUCAUCAGAGGUACGUUGAUGACUUAUCAAUGUAUUCGGCAGCCACCAUGUCCAGCAUCAGCAGUGGUCUUCCUCAUUUAGCUGUGUCAAGCAGCACGCCACCGCCAUCCACGUCGCCCCUACCUGUAAAAAUAAAGAGUGAACCGAUCAGUCCACCGAGAGAUCCGCACGGCGGUAAUAGCGGGUCCAACGGCGGGCCCAGCAACGCCAGCAGUCUGCAUCACACGAACUUAACGGUCGGACCUUCAUCUAGUACCGGUGCUCCGCCGCCGCAUCACGUAUCUCAUCCGGGUCCCCAGACACUGAACUUAGUAUCGAACAGACCGAGCAGUAAUCCACCUCCGUCCCAUUCGGGUAGCAUAACACCGACAAAUCUACCGUCGCCAGGUAGUGGUGCGGUCGGUGACAUUAGAACGAAUCACUCUAGCGGCGGCGGGAACGGAGGGAACAGUUCGGACUACGAGAACGGGCCGCUCAUGAAACGCUCGAGAAUCACGGAAGGUUGGGCGACUUAAUGUCGAUCGAAUUGUUGCACUCGUCAGUUGUUUGAUACCUCCUCCUCGACGUACAACGGCAUAUAGUGCUUGUGAGUUCCAGUAUAACUAAAGAAACAAACUCCUUUUAGACGUCUUUGAGACAUGUACUUCGUACUAUCGCGAUUUUAACGAUAGCUGUGGGGUGGUAUUUGUUUCCGCCGUUUAACUCUCUCAGCGGAGUGGAAAAAUCUGUUUAUAUUUUGAAGCUGACACAGAAUAUACGUUUAUUUGAAGAAAAUAAAAAAAAAAAAUAAAAUACGGUGCCAUAAUGUUGAAACUUUAUAUAUAUAUAUUAUAU